GGGGCGUGGCCUGUCGCGCGUGCGCGGUCGCGGGCCGCGCUGUUGAGGGAGGCGAGGCGGUCGCUUCGAGCGUGCGAGUUCGCUCCCGUUGCCUUCCUGACAGGAUCUUGCUAUGCAGUCCAGGCUGGCCUUGAAUUGAUGAUAUAGCCCAGAUUGGCCUUGAACUCAAGGCAAUUCUUCUGCCUCAGCCUCCCAAGUGCUGGGAUUACAGACGUGCACCACCCAGCCCAGUGAAGCAAAUGUUUUAACAAACUUUGACAUUAUCCUAAAUUAGCGGGACAUGGCCUUUGCUUCUCAGAUGUAAUGCACUUUCAGUUUAUUAUUCAACAGUGAAAAUGAGUCAUACAGAGGUUAAAUUAAAAAUACCUUUUGGAAAUAAAUUACUGGAUGCUGUUUGCUUGGCACCUAACAAGAGCUUAACUUAUGGGAUAAUUCUUACACAUGGAGCAUCAGGAGAUAUGAAUCUUCCUCACCUGAUGUCACUAGCAUCACAUCUUGCAUCUCAUGGGUUUUUUUGCCUGAGAUUCACCUGCAAAGGCCUUAAUAUUGUACAUAGAAUUAAGGCAUAUAAAGCAGUUUUGAAUUACCUGAAGACCUCAGGAGACUACAAACUUGCAGGUGUUUUCCUUGGAGGUCGUUCAAUGGGCUCAAGAGCAGCUGCUUCUGUAAUGUGUCAUGUUGAGCCAGAUGAAGCUGAUGAUUUUGUUCGGGGUCUCAUUUGUAUUUCUUACCCACUGCACCAUCCAAAGCAGCAGCAUAAACUCAGAGAUGAAGAUCUUUUUCGCCUAAAAGAUCCUGUACUGUUUGUAUCAGGCUCAGCAGAUGAAAUGUGUGAAAAGAACUUGUUGGAGAAAGUGGCACAGAAAAUGAAAGCUCCCAAUAAGAUCUACUGGAUUGAGAAGGCAAAUCAUUCCAUGGCAGUGAAAGGACGGUCAACAAAUGACGUUUUCAAAGAAAUAAACACACAGAUUUUGUUUUGGAUCCAAGAAAUCACUGAAAUGGACAGGAAAUAAUUAGGUUAAAGCCAUGUUAUUUUGAAUACAAAUACAGUUAAUUUGAUAACAAUAUACCUCUCAGCAUUGAGAUAUAUUUCAGACUAAUGUUCUUUAAUGUUGCCCUAUUUUUGAAACAUUUAAUUGUGAAAUUAAUAUACUUUACAAAUGUCUUUGAAAGCACUGUUAUAGUUGUAUGAAGAUGUACAAAUAUUGAAGGUGGUCUAAAUAUAAUUUAUUUUUAUUAGUAUAGUUAAGUUUUGAAAAAUAUUAAACAUUUGAAUUUUGUUAUA